GAGUGGGGACCAGGUCAGGAGCCCUGAGUUGGGUCCGGGCCCGUGACCCUGGGCAACCCCAGUGGCUGGGUCGAGCCCGACAGGUUUCAGCAGCAACCCUCACCCCUAUCCACGCCUUCCUGGGUUUUCCCCUCUCCUCGGGGUUUCCUGUUUCAGUUCUCGGUGAUCUCCAGCAGCAGGUGCUAGUUUGCCAACCUCGGCUCCCGAGGAGGCGAAGGAGGAAAAGGAAAAGAGGGAAGGGGAGGAGGAAGCGGCGCGGUGCGGUGGCGGCUGCGGGCGGGCGAGGAGCGAGGCUGCAGCCGGGAGAGCCGGGCUCCCUCUCGCCGGCGGAGGAGCGGCGCGGGCUGCGGGCCGAGCCGAGGGCCCGGGCGCGCCCGAGCCGGGGCCCCCGCGUGUGGCCCGGCGGGCGGGCGGCAUGGGGGAGCCUCCCGCUUGCCCCGCGCCUUAGCGGCGGUCGCGACGGCCCAGUGCUGAGGCGAGAGGCGGCGGCCGCCCGCUGAAGGGCCCCCGGGCUGCCCGAGCUUCCAGGGCAUGUUGUUAUGGCUGCUGAGAAGGGGCUGCAGGAAUACGGGGCACUUUGCAUUCAAGAAUACAGAAAAAGCAGCAAAGUGGAGUCAGAUACACCUAACAGCUUCAUGGGCCUGAAGGAUCGUCUGGGGCAUGACCUCAGCCACCUUUAUGUGGAGAGCCCUGACCCACAUUUGAGUGCAGCUGUAUCUUGGUCAAUGAUAGAAAAACCAACGAUGGAUAAGCUUAACUCCACAAAGGAAGAAACAGAGAAAGAGAUGUCUGAAGAGAAUGCAAGCUCUGGUGACUCUGAAGAAAGCACAAAUUCUGAUCAUGAGUCAGAGCAAUUGAGUAGCAUUUCAGAAGAGCCAUGCUUAUUAACCAAGACUCACAGGCAACUAUGUAGGUCCCCCUGUUUAGAGCCUCACAUACUCAAACGCAAUGAGAUUUUGCAAGACUUUAAAACCGAAGAGUCCCAGACUAUACCCAAGGAAAUGAAGAAACCCCCUGAUGUGGUGCGAGAAUACCAAACAAAACUGGAGUUUGCACUUAAGUUAGGUUAUUCUGAAGAGCAAGUUCAGCUUGUGCUAAACAAACUUGGUACCAAUGCUUUAAUCAAUGAUAUUUUGGGAGAACUUGUCAAACUUGGAAAUAAAAGUGAGACUGAUCAAACAGUUAGUACAAUUAACAGUAUAAUGCGGGAAGCAUCUUCCCUGGAAUCUCAGAGGUCUGAAUCUCCAAUGCAAGAGAUUGUAACAGAUGAUGGUGAAAAUCUGAGACCAAUAGUUAUUGAUGGCAGCAAUGUGGCAAUGAGCCAUGGAAACAAAGAAGUAUUUUCCUGCCGAGGAAUAAAAUUGGCAGUAGAUUGGUUUUUGGACAGAGGACACAAAGAUGUUACCGUUUUUGUUCCUGCUUGGAGAAAAGAGCAGUCCCGACCUGAUGCUGUUAUUACAGAUCAAGAAAUUUUACGCAAACUAGAGAAAGAGAAAAUCCUGGUGUUCACGCCGUCCCGACGAGUCCAGGGGAGGCGAGUGGUGUGCUAUGAUGACAGGUUCAUCGUGAAGCUGGCUUUUGAGUCGGAUGGCAUUAUUGUAUCCAAUGAUAACUACAGGGACCUGGCGAACGAAAAACCAGAGUGGAAGAAGUUCAUAGACGAGCGAUUAUUGAUGUAUUCAUUUGUCAAUGACAAGUUCAUGCCCCCUGAUGAUCCUCUUGGCAGACAUGGCCCAAGCCUGGAUAAUUUUCUAAGGAAGAAACCUAUUGUUCCUGAACACAAAAAGCAGCCUUGUCCAUAUGGAAAGAAGUGCACCUAUGGACACAAGUGCAAAUAUUACCAUCCUGAAAGGGGCAGUCAGCCUCAGCGGUCAGUGGCUGAUGAACUUCGUGCCAUGUCUAGAAAUACAGCAGCCAAAACUGCAAAUGAAGGAGGACUGGUGAAAAGCAACAGUGUACCUUGUAGCACUAAGGCCGAUAGCACUUCUGAUGUCAAACGAGGUGCUCCAAAGAGGCAAUCGGAUCCAAGCAUAAGGACUCAGGUCUACCAAGACCUAGAGGAAAAGCUUCCCACCAAAAACAAAUUGGAAACCAGGUCUGUACCUUCCUUAGUUAGCAUACCGGCUACUUCUACUGCAAAACCCCAAAGCACUACAUCUUUAAGCAAUGGCCUUCCAUCUGGAGUUCAUUUUCCACCUCAGGAUCAAAGACCACAGGGACAAUAUCCUCCAGUGAUGAUGGCAACCAAAAAUCAUGGAACGCCAAUGCCUUAUGAACAGUAUCCAAAAUGUGACUCACCUGUAGACAUUGGAUAUUAUUCCAUGUUGAAUGCAUAUUCAAAUCUGAGUAUCUCAGGCCCACGAAGUCCUGAAAGGCGUUUCUCCUUAGACACAGAUUAUAGGAUAAGUUCUGUAGCUUCUGACUGCAGCAGUGAAGGGAGCAUGAGCUGUGGGAGCAGUGACUCAUAUGUAGGGUACAAUGACCGGUCCUAUGUCAGCUCUCCUGACCCACAAUUAGAAGAGAAUUUGAAGUGUCAACACCUGCACCCUCACAGCCGCCUUAAUUCCCAGCCCUUCCUGCAGAAUUUCCACGACCCCUUAACCAGAGUACAAAGUUACAGUCAUGAAGAACCAAAGUACCAUCACAAGCCUCCUCUUCCACAUUUGGCUAUGCAUCUGCAGCACCCAGCUGUGGGUGCCCGGUCCAGCUGUCCUGGUGAUUACCCCUCUCCACCAAGUUCUGCACACUCUAAGGCACCACACCUAGGGAGGUCCUUAGUGGCCACAAGAAUAGACAGCAUUUCUGAUUCUCGGCUCUAUGACAGUUCUCCUUCAAGACAAAGAAAGCCUUAUUCCCGCCAGGAAGGGCUGGGAGGCUGGGAUAGGCAGAACUACGGGAUCGAUGCAUAUGGCUAUCGGCAGACUUACUCCUUGCCCGAUAGCUCCACUCAGCCAUGUUAUGAGCAGUUCACCUUCCAGAGUCUACCUGAACAGCAAGAGCCGACUUGGCGAAUACCGUACUGUGGAAUGCCACAAGAUCCUCCAAGGUACCAAGACAACCGAGAAAAGGUUUAUGUCAACCUGUGCAACAUCUUCCCGCCCGACCUUGUGAGAAUUGUCAUGAAAAGGAAUCCUCACAUGACAGAUGCCCAGCAGCUGGCUGCAGCCAUUUUAGUGGAGAAAUCACAGCUGGGUUAUUGAAAGAUGAUGCAUCUUUGUGGUGUUGAGUAGUUUUUUGUUCAGCUCAAAUGCUGAGGGAGGUUUGCUACAAUAGCACAUGUGAUCUCCUUCUCAGCAAGGAGGUUAUAUAGUAUCCAUUUAUGUGAAAUACUGUAUCAUGGAAUCUGUAUGUACAGCCCCACAUGAUGGAAGUAUCACGGGAUUGCUUUACAUUCAAACUUUUUUUUUUUGUUAAUGUUUCCUUUUUAAAGCUAUAUCCUUGGCUGGAAAUUUUUCCAGUUUGAUUUAAUAGAUGUAUCUGUGAACUUUGAUAUUAAUCUUUGGUACAUCAGGGGUUUAUAUGCAGCACUUUUUAUCCUUGUUUCAUGUUUUAUUAACUUGAUGUUUCUCUAUCAAUUGCAAGCAAUUACAAUAUUUACAGAAUGUUGAACAUUUGACUAGACCUAGCAAACUAUUUUUUCAAGCCAAGCUUAAUUAGAACCUUUUACAGCUCUUUAAGUUAUUUUUUAUUUGGGGAAAGUGGGCUUCUUUGUGCUAGAAUCAUUAUUUAUAGAAACAAAAAUAUACUACAGCACUGACUUUAUAUUUUAAACAAGAUGUAAGUUACCAGUUUAUGUUGAAAUGGGUAAUAGUAUAUAUUGAAUGAUUUUACAAUAUGGCACUUUUUUUGUUGUUGUUAAGUAAUUUGUUAAUUUAAUAUGGUUGAUUUAAAGGAAAGCAGAUGCAAUCAAUGGAAAAAAAAGUUUCCAUUUCUUUUUUUAUGAAUAAGGCAAAAGCCGUAACUGUUACAGUUUAGAGCUUUGUUAUCCAGCUAUUAUGUGCUUCUAGACAGUAGAAAUGGAAUUGAAUUCCUAGAUUUCCAUUAACCUGUAUUUUUAAUGUGUCUGUCUUUUUUGUUUUGGGGCACAACAAUACUGGAUAAAAUAACCCUUUUGCAGUACUCACCUGUUUUUAAUGAAUCUAAUUAUUCUCAAUGCAACUUUUAUUUUUAAUAUACUCUUCAGCUUUCCUGCUAUUUAUCAAGACUGGCCUGAGGUAAUUUUAUGUGUUGAGGAUAUGCAACAUUUAUUGAUACUGCACUAUAGAGAUGGUGAUGGAGGAGUUGUAAAUGGUAACUUAACGUUUUUGUAAGAUACUGUAUAUUUUCCAUUUUCCUGAAGGUAGUUUUUCAGGCCUGUUAUAUUAUUAAGGCCAGAUUCUUGCCACAAAUAGUGUAGUUUUAGAUACAGACUGAAGUCUGUUCUGGUAUUAGUAAGGGAUAUUUCUGGUUUCAAAGUCAUGGGUUUUGCUAGAUGCGAAUACAUUUCUGUUGGUUAAAAGAUAGAUUUUGCAAUCGUUGGCAGACGUUUGUGUGACUGACAUACUUGGACAGUUUUUGAAUUUUCCUUAGUGUAACAGAAUCAUUCAGAUCUGUUUCUGUAGUCUGCCUAGGUAUCCUGGUUAUUCUGAUUAUUCUACUUGCUACAGUUUGAAAGAAAGCCCUGAAAAACCAGAAAGUACCUUUUACUGUUGAUACAAAUUGUAUCUUUUUAACUAUUAAGAACUAUUUUGAUUUGUAGAUCUAGUUAAAACACAAAUGUGUAACUAUGAUUAGACUUUUGGGCAACAUUUUAUCCCUUAUUUAAAUACAAAUUUUUAAAGUAAAAUUGAGGUCUAGAAUAGGGUAGAAAAUAAAAGUAACCAUUUAGGUAAACAAAAGUGUCUGUCUUAGUUUUAUAUAAUAUAUUCAAAUAUAUUAAGUAAAUUUAUUGGCAUUUUUUCUCCUAAAAUUUAUCUAGUGUGAACUUAAAAUAAAGGUAAAAUGCUGCCUGAAAAUAAUGUCCAAGCACCUUUGACUAGGAUAACAUUUUCUCUACUUAUGUGACACCAUGUGUUGCAUGAAGUAGGAUUUGGGUAUACAGUAAAUGCUUCUAAAAGGCAUUAUGCAUAUUGACAUAUCCAAUAAUCUGAACCGUGUUCAGCAAACUUAAUUCAGGAAAGUGGUGUUCUACACAAUUCUGUUGUUUUUGAGGUGAGUGCGGUACUCAUCUGUACCCAGAAGUAACAUGAGGGGUGCCACACAAGCCGUUUCAAGUGGUGUCUGUCUGAGAGCGACCCUACUCACAUGUGAAAAUUGUUCUCCUUGAUUUUGAUUUUGUCAGUCGCUAUCUGUAGAACAAGUUUAAAUGUAGAGGCUAUACCAGUGCCAAAAAUAGGGUUACAAGUGCACGGUAGCUUUUAUUUUAGUCGUAUUUUAAGACUUUUUUUAGUACGAAAUCACACCUUUAAAUUAGACGUGUAGGUUUUGCUUCUGUACUCUUCAUUCGUAGACUUUUAAUUAUUUGAAGGUUCUGCCAAACUUUACUAAAUUUAUUUUAAUGAGAUCUUAGGUGAGCUGUAUAUCACGCUUAGGUGAAAUGUAUAUCACACUUUUAAUUUGGCCUUCUAAUGGUUUUAACCGAUUGACUAUUUGGUAUUGCUUCAUUGAUUUUAAACUAUGGAAAAAUAACGUAGCCAGCCGCCACCCUUACUGAAGUGGUCAUCUCGGAACUAGCCAUAUGAAAUCCUUCAGUAAUGACUAAUUGUGAGUUAAGAAAUAGCAGCUUUCUUAUGUCAAAAGGACAAUCUAUCCCUUUACUUUGAAGCACCAAAUUGCUUUUAGAACCUAAGAAUAAGCCAGUUGGCAGAUUUGAGGUACAGCAAAUUUUUAAUUAUCCAAAGCAAUAAGUAAAAGGAGUCCAUCGUUAAGUUAAAUCCACAGCUGGUCCCAAACCUUCAUUUUAGCCCAAAUCUCCCUAAUCAAAUCUUUUACCAAACUUGUUAUUAAGUAACCAGAGAGAAGUAUGUUAGUUAAGUAGUGCAAUUGCCAGAAGCGGUCAACUGAUAGAAGAAAAAGGAUUCCGAUUCGAAUAUUCUGCCCCAGAAUAAUUGACAGUUGACUGUACUUUACACAGUAAUUAGCCAGUCCAUUGUCUCUGUGUCUUAGUACAGAGGGAAUGGUACCCAAAUGGCCAAAUUCUGGCCCUUAGUAUUUCCUCCUUUCUUGCAUGUGAUGCCUAAGUUUUUAGUCUCGUUUUUAUGAACUCUGUAUCCUGAUAGAUUUGUCAUUGACCUAAACGUUUGAAAGAAAUGCACACCAGUAUAAAAUGUUUGGUACUGGUGGAGACUUGAGCUUUGUGUUUUUAUGAAAAUUCAUUUAUUAUAAAAUUUAAUAUAAUUGAAGAGUGUUAUAUAUGUAAACAUACAUAUUUGUUAUGAAGUAUUAAAAAAUGGGUUGCUUUUGAUGGCUAACAUUUCCCUGAUGAAACUGUGUUUCUCGGAGGUGUGGAUGACCAAGUCUGGGGACUGGAUGACCAAUGAUAAGAUUUAGAACCACUUAAGUGGAAAGCAACUCUUCACUGGUUUUAUUUAUGGUAUUUUUUAAAGAAUUAUUUUGACUAUUUUAAUAGACUGUGUAAUGUUUAAAAAAAACUAAAGUAGUAUCAAUUGUACAAAUAUUAUUUAACAUGUCUUUUGUGGAUGUAUCAAUAUUUAUAUAGACAGUAAUAUAUUUAUAAAAUAAACAUGCAUUGGUUAUGUUAUAGCUAUUAGUUUGUGAUAGGUGGGAGGGUGACUCUGGAGAUGUGUGUACACCUAUGUACAUGUGUGUUUUGAAAAUUCUGAAGCUGUUUUUACCUGAUUUAAUGGUGUUUAAAGUAUAUCUAAUUUUCAGUUAUUCUUUUUGCUAACACCUAUCCAACUUCUUAUUCAAGAUAAAAUAAGAUGUACAGUCUUCUGAACAUUCUGUUGAUGUGUUACAUCCUUGUUGUGAUAAUUUAACUCCUGGAGAAAUCCUCAAAUGACCUGAAACGAAACAAGUUAUGAACAGAGAGAAUGCUUCUGUUCCAAAGAUACUAAAGAUGAAAACUCAGCUUUUAUGUUAAGCUCCCAAGUUAUGCACAGCAAAUAAAAUGAAGUACAAAAAAGAUGGAUUACAUACAUUCAUUAGAAAAAGAGAAAGCAAACUCUUAAUAAAAGUAAGGAAACAUAUCAUUGUAGAUUUUAGGCAAAGGUUGGCAAACUUUUUCUGCAGAGAAUAAGUAGUAGCUAUUUCAGUAUUUGGGAACCAUCUGGUCUCUAGAAACUCCCCACCUUUGCCAUUAUAGCCUGAAAGCAGCCAUGGACAAUAUGUAAACAAAUGGGUGUGGCUGUGUUCCGAUGAAACUGUAUUUACAAAAUCGGACAGCAGGCCAGAGUUUGCCCGGUGGGCCAGUUUGCUUACCCCCUCCCUAGAAGCAGAAAAACAGCUUAUCAAGGAGUAAAUCCAGAUAUAUGUGAAUAUAAGAAACAAUAAGUAUUUCAGUCGUCACUAUAAGAAAAUCUGUUACUCAUCGAUGACCUUCAAAAGAAGAUUGUGAGGCAGUCAUAUUAAAGGAUCUUAACCCAUUUAUAUUUUUUAACCUGGUCAUACCAUUAAUUAAUUAAUAGAGAUAUUUCUUGUGUUUAACCACCAAAAAGUAUUCUGUGAAAAGAUAUUUUAAAAAGUAUUGAAAUUUUUUAUGAACUUUGCAUUUCUAAUGACAGGAAUCCCUUACCUACUCUUUGUCUUUUAAUGUCCUUAUUGACCAAAAAUUCUGUUCUAUGAAAAUUAGCAUAUACUUCAUUUGCCACGAAAUGUUUUAAAGACUGCAUGGAUCAGUUACAUUAUUAUUUUGGGGGCGGCGGGGUGGGGGUGGGGGUUUGGCUUCUAAUAACAGACUGCCAUUCUUUAUAAAUGGCUUGGAAGAAGAUGUAGUGUCAUUUUACAUACUGCAGGUUUAUUUUGUAAGAUUAAAAAUUGCGACUAGUAUAAUUUUAGCUAUAAUGUGAGUGUAUUUGUUGUAUUGUGACUCUCUUUAUAAGAAACAAAUUGUAUCCUUGCUUUCUCUGUCCAAAUCUUUACUAUAGAUAUUUUAGAUACCUUAGAACUAUCCUUGGUGAAUGCAAUCCUUAAUGUGAUCAUGUGUAAUUUAAAAUUCACUGAAAGGAAAUGCUGUUGAACGUGCUCAUUCACAGUGCUUUUAAAAUUGUUGUAUCAGUAACAUUUUCAUAAGAACAUUAAAUAGUUUUGAACAUUGUCAUCCACUUCAGUAGUUGUCCUCUUUUUAAAAACUGGAAUACAACCCUGGCUUUUAACAGUGUUUAUUAUUUUUUUCUUUAGCACUGCCUGUUUAUCUGCUUAUUACUUCUGUUACAUUAAUAUUGUUAUGUCUUAGAAGUGGCUUUUCCCCUAAGAUUUAAAACAAUUUGAGAUUUCAUAUUUAAAAACAAUUUAAGGCUCUAAGCAUUUAGCAGUAGGAAAUGUCCAUGCUUUAAUCUAAUUGUACAAAACUUGCAAAGUUACACUUUUUAAACCAUGUUCCAUAUUUGCCAAUUUUCUAUCAAAGUAUUUCAGAUAAAAAACGUGUUGCCCAUGAUAGUUUUUGCCCCCUUUCUUAAAGCUGCUUAUGUCUCAAAGGAAAAAGACAUUGAAGAGCAACGGUUUGUUUUUAUAAAAAAUGUUUUGGAUUUCCUUCAGCCUUUGGAAAUUUUUAAUUUCCUACUAACACAAAAUACCCACAAUGCACAAACUUCUUCAGAGACAGCAUUGCAAGUGUACCAGGUUUCUGAUUUUAUCUUUUCCUUUUAGGUUUUUUGUUUCCAACAAUUAAAAUAAUUGUGUUUUGAUUGUUGGAUUUCCAUUUUGAUCCUUCAGGUUUUUCUUAUAAGGAAAAACAAGGCAAAGAAUAUGUUUAAAGCCAUCAUGAUAAACUGAUGUGAUUUUAUUUGUCCUCUGUCCAUUCUGUGUGUUUCUGUAAUGAAAUUUUUACAACUCCAAAAGCAGUAUUUUAGACCUACUGGAGACCCAUAUCAAAACAGCUUUGCAAUUCUGCCACUGAGGAAAACAAAUUUAAAAAUUCAUUUUUCUUAUCUUGGUUCAUUUUUGUUUCAUGAAGAAAUUGAUUUCAUAGAGCCAGCAGCACAUGUGCUAAAUAAGUAAAAGCAUUAUCUUUCCCUCUAGUUCCAGGGCUUGCCUGCAUUUAGUGGUUAAUACCAUUAUGAGGUCUUCUGUAGGAUAAGAACAUGUUCUGUUUCGGUGUUAAGUGUUGGAGCCAGAAAUACUUCAUAUGAAAAUUCAAAUUAAAUGAAGACAAUUAUGCAUACUCUAA